AUGGCUGAGCAUCCGACGUCGUGUUCAUUCAAAUACGGCAAUUUCGUGGCUGCGUCACCGCUCAACAAGGACAAGGACGAGGACAACAUCCACCAAAAACGCCAAGCCGCAACACAAUUCGUUACCAAGGACAGCCAGCCAAUCACCUCCCCCAAACGCCAAAGCCUCUUCUCAGCCUCGCCCACCAUCCAGACCAAGCUGGCCCUUUCGGACCGACCUUGUGCACACGAGGCUCUUUCAGGCCUAGUCUGGGGUUCCCUGUGCCUUAGCCCGAACCGUGUUUCUCCAGGUUCAGUUAAGUCUAAAGACCUGAUGGGGGUGGUUUCAGGACCGACUGAAUGA